AUGAAGGUUCUCAUUGCCAAAUGCUAUACUACCCAGCAGGCUUGGGGGACGUUGAUGAUUGAAUCCUUCGUUAAUCACGUUCGACGCAGCCAACCAUCCGCCGAGAUCGACGUGCGUGGUCUCGUCGACGGCGACAGCCUGCCCGAGCCUUCGCGACAUUACGACUUGAUCAUACUCACCGGCGGCACGGAUAAUCUGAUCGCAGACACACAUCCACCUGGAGAAACGAAGCUCCUAGGACUUUGCUGGGGCCACCAGUGUAUUCAAGUCGCGCUCGGUGGUGAAUUAGGAGUCGUGCCGGGCGGACCCCGAGUUGGCGUUGAGGAAAUCGUACUUUCUCGGCAGGGGCAGGAGUUCUUUAGAGAAAAGCCGGAUCUUAUGCUUCACAAGUUUCAUAAACGAUAUGUUACUGCACCGGCGCCCGGAUUCUCAGCAUUAGCUAGCAACAACGAGAUAUUUCUGUCUAGCACAGGCCGGAUACUCUCGUUCCAGUCACACCCAGAACUUACAGAGGAAAUAUCGCAAAGGGUGAUUGACGGGUCUGAGGGCGUCUACGAUACCGGCAACUCCAACCACGACGGCAUUGUUUUGAAGGGGAUCGACCACGCACAUGAUGGGCAGCAAGUAUGGGACCGAAUUUUGGACUGGUCAACCCAGGCAUGACAAUUGUUUAGAUAGACUUGCAUAAAUCAAUGAAAUUCUCUUUAAGAUUCUCAAAAUCCAUCCAAAGACUGCUCUUAAAUAGAUUAGAUCUUUCGAUCACAAUGAAGAAGAUUCACCAGUCCCAUGCAAGUGUGGGUAUCUCUCGUAUAAAAAGCUAUAUAUU